AUGGCCUCAGUACUCAAAAUUCCGACUAAAUUUCGACUUCAAGCACUUGCUAAAGCUCAAUCGACGGUAUUCCAAACACCCUUCAACCCUCGGGACAUCCGGACGGGCGAUCGCUAUCUGACUAAGAAACUUAAAGGACCACUCCUGCAAACUUACUACCCACCUGUCAGACCGGUUAACUUCAAGCAACUCAACCAGAUUUUCGUUCAAACCGCCAAGGCUAACGGAGUCACUGGAAGAGACCUAGAAUAUUGGAAACUUCCCGAUCUCAGGGAGGAAAAACGGUUAGAAAGAGUUGCUUAUAACCGCAAACGUGGAAAGGGACCUCCUAAGAAGGGUGAAGGACGAAGAAGUCAACUCAAGAAACGGCGUUAG